CAUUAGGUAGGUCCAAGGCAAAUAAUAAUGGCUCUGUAAACAGUGUUAUUACAGGUAUUCCUCUGAUUAUCUAGUGGGUAUUAUAAUCUCCAAAAUAACAGACUGGAAUUUUGUUGUUGGUAUGUUUUCCUAAAGGAUUACGAUUAUGAGAUCCAUGCUUCACAGCAGAUAUAUGACUUGGAAGAGCUUUGGGGAGAAUGUGAUCACAACCAUUUUGCAUUGUUGAAACAAAAUGGGGAGAGAAAUGUUUCAGGGCCUGAGCUGUCAGGUUCAGCACCAACCAGGGACUGAAGUGCCAGAGCCCUCUGAAAGCGCAGCAAUGACUGAAGACUAUUUUGGAGCUGUCAUCCCAUCAAGUCCUAUCUCUAUGAUCCCAAAGAGUAGCUUCCCCCAUAUUUGCAGAUGGUGAGGCCACACCUUGAGUACAAAAUCCAAUUCUCAGACCCUUAAUUCAAGGACAUUUUGGGACUGGAGCAGGUCCAGAGAAGGGCAAUGAAGCUGGUGAGGGACCUGGAACACACGUCCUGUGUGGAGUGGCUGAGGGAGCUGGGGGUUCAGCCUGGAGGAGGCUCAGGGGUAACUUUAUUGCUUUCUUCAACUCCUGGACAUUAAGAAUUUUUUCACAGAAAGGGUGAUUAGACACUGGAACUGUCUGCCCAGGGAGGCGGUGGAGUCACCGUCCCUGGGGGUGUUGAAGGAAAGACUGGACCUGGCACUCAGUGCCAUGGUCUAAGCUGACACGGUGGUGUUGGGUCACACGUCGCAAUCUUAUGAUCUCCGAGGUCUUCUCCAACCGAAUUGAUUCCGUGACUAUCUCUAAUGCCCUGCCUCAGGCAAGCAAGGCAGCGAAGUCCAUGCCCAAACAGUGCACCCUCACCUGGGAGCACAAGCAGAGCCCCAGCAGCCAAGAGGCGAGAACCGCACGCCCUGCCACCCUGUGGCACAGAGUAACCCGGGACAGCGACCCCUGUUCUUGUUCCACAAGCUGCCUCUAGGGAGGCCACCCGGGCCAGCCGAGAGCGCGGGGUGGGCCCUGCCCCCGCCGGGCGGGCAGCGGGACGGAACAUGGCGGGGCCCCUCCAGCCCGCGCUUCCCCGCCUUUCCCCGCGGCAGCGCGCAUGCGCGCUGUGCGGCGGCGAGGCCGUAUCCCUCCGCGCGCCCCUUUCCCCUCGAUGUCUGUGUUAAUAAGAUGUCACUAGUAGAUUUGGGAAAGAAACUUUUAGAAGCUGCACGAGCAGGUCAAGAUGAUGAAGUUCGCAUUUUGAUGGCAAAUGGAGCACCUUUUACCACAGACUGGCUGGGAACAUCUCCACUUCAUCUAGCAGCACAGUAUGGACACUACUCCACCACAGAGGUGUUGCUGCGAGCAGGCGUGAGCCGGGAUGCCAGAACCAAAGUGGACAGAACUCCAUUACAUAUGGCAGCAUCAGAAGGCCAUGCCAGCAUAGUAGAAGUGUUACUUAAGCAUGGUGCUGAUGUCAAUGCGAAGGACAUGCUCAAAAUGACUGCACUUCACUGGGCUACUGAGCAUCACCACCAAGAAGUUGUGGAACUCUUGAUAAAGUAUGGAGCUGAUGUUCAUGCUCAGAGUAAAUUUUGCAAAACGGCAUUAGAUAUUGCAGUAGACAAUGGAAAUGAAGACAUUGCAGAAAUAUUACAGAUUGCAAUGCAGAACCAAAUCAACACGAACCCCGAGAGCCCGGACACUGUGACGAUACACGCGGCCACACCGCAGUUCAUCAUUGGACCUGGAGGGGUGGUGAACCUAACAGGUCUGGUAUCUCCUGCAAAUACAUCCUAUGCAGCAGAUGAAACAGGAGUGUCUGCUGUACAGUUUGGAAAUUCAUCAACAUCAGUAUUAGCUACGUUGGCAGCUUUAGCAGAAGCAUCAGCUCCACUGUCUAAUUCUUCAGAAACACCAGUUGUGGCCACAGAAGAAGUUGUGACUGCAGAGUCUGUGGAUGGGGCCAUUCAGCAGGUGGUCAGCUCUGGAGGCCAGCAGGUUAUUACCAUAGUCACAGACGGCAUCCAGCUGGGUAACCUGCAUUCCAUUCCAACCAGUGGCAUAGGGCAGCCCAUCAUUGUGACCAUGCCAGAUGGGCAGCAAGUAUUAACAGUCCCAGCAACAGAUAUUGCUGAAGAAACUGUGAUAAGUGAAGAACCGCCAGUGAAGAGACAGUGCAUUGAGAUUGUUGAAAAUCGUGUGGAGUCUGCAGAAAUAGAAGAAAGAGAAACUCUUCAGAAACAGCUGGAUGAGGCAAACAGAGAAGCACAAAAAUACCGUCAGCAGCUUCUAAAGAAGGAACAAGAAGCAGAGGCCUAUCGGCAGAAGUUAGAGGCAAUGAACCGCCUCCAGACUAAUAAGGAAGCUGUUUAAUAAAAAAUGAACACACUGCAAAGCCUGUUACUUUCAAAAACCUGCAGUACAAUCUUGAACUGUACAGUAUAUAGGUACAGCCAUGGGAUUUCAUGAUAGAGAAGAUGCUACAAGUUGAUAACUGGACUUAAGCCGUGAGCUCUGAUUAAUUUCUUGUAACAUAAAAACUCUGAAUUUAGAAAUUGUGAAAAGUAUUUAAAAUUAAAUACUGUAAAUAGUUGGUUUUUUUACAGUUUCAAAAUGAGUUGAUAAAUCUUUUUGAAGGGAUCCAGAAACACGAAAAGCCAAUGUUUUUGUGAAAUUUUUGAUUUUAGUAUGAAUCUAACUUCUGAAAAACAGAACAGUUUUAAGGGUGAUGUUGAUUUAAGCUGACAAUUUGAAAUUUGAUUAUGUGACAAAAUUAAUUAACAGUUAUUUCUACAUGAUAACAACUCAACUUCUCUGAAUAAGACAUUUCCAGGUGGAAAUCUUUGUACAGCUUUAAGUAGUUGUCUCAGAUUCUCUGAAAACCAUUUUUGGGUUUUUUUUUUAUUUUAGGUGGUGAAAUUUUUAUAUUUAAUUUCAGAUAUAUCCAAGUAGAUUUACAUGUAUAUGAAGCUAAUAUUUUUUAAACUUUUCAGUUUGUACAUAUGCUGCAUGUUUUUAUAAUUUCUACACAUACAUCUUGCAUAGGUAUUUUUCAGCAAAGAUGAGAAAAAUUAUGAGAAAAACGUUUAGCCUAUAGGUCAUUUGAAGUAAGCUAGCAGCCAGUUUUAUUGUGGAUGGUAUAUUUCUUGGAAGAAUGUAAUUUGUAAUUAAGAAGAACAAAAAAGUAUCCUAAUUUACAUAUUAAGAGGCAAAAUUUGGUAGUGGAGGCAUUGAAACUUCAUUUCGUGUGUCUUACAAUUUUCCUGUACAAACAUUUCAAAGUUCAGUAAGGAGUAGAAAAGAACGUCUCCACUGGAACACAAAUAGUAGCUAUUUUAGAAUAUCCCUAUCGACCUAUUUUCCCCAAUAGCCUUGAAAUUACUUCAGUGAUACAUUUUUUUAAUGGACUUUUGCAUUUUAAUUACACAAUUGGACAAAAAAUUACAAAAGUAAUUUUUUUUUAUGUUGUAGUGAUGCUCUUCCUACCCAACAUCAUUGUUCCUCACUGUGAUACUGUGUUUGUGUGUGUCUGUGCAGUGAUCUAUUAUGCUUAAAAUUUAUAUGGCACGUUACAUCUUCAGAGCAUUUUUAAAUCUUUUAAAGAACCCUUACUGCACUGCCUGAGGCAGGUAAGUGAGUGUUACUGUCUCAAUUUUAUAACUGGUUUAAGUGCAACAUGAGGGAGUGUUAAAUGACUGGCUUAACACCGUGUGAACCUGUGGUCACCUGGGAAUGGAUCUCAGGAGUUCCUGGCUUCUAGUCCUGUGCUUAGACUGAGCUGCCUUAAGAUUGUUCAGUGCUGUGUUACAUUAAAUUUUGAACUACUGUGCAGAUCCGUUUUUUGUAAGAUAAAACUCUUUGUGCUUUGCUUUGUUGUUCCAUGUUCACUGCUUUUAUGGAAUUGUUUAUAUAAACUUAAGCAAAAAGUCUGGUUUAUCUAUACUGUACACGGAAGAAUUACCCUUAAAACUGUACUCUGGCCUACUUUUUCUAUUUUACAAUUAAAUAUCUUUUCCACAUA